UACGUGCGGAGCACCUGACUGUAAUGAGGCAACUGCUUUGUGUCUUCUUUGCUGGGUUUGGACGAAUGGCUAUUGCUUCUCAGUGCGGUAGAAGGGAGUCAUCAUCAUUUACUAUAUUUGCUUCAGUUACAAGCGCAGAUCUUUCGCUGGGUGAAUCAAUAGAAACUGCUCAGCUUCCCAAGGGUGAUACCUGGUCCAUUCAUAAAUUUGGUGGCACCUGUGUGGGAAGCUCCCAAAGAAUCCAAAAUGUUGCAGAGAUAAUUAUUAAGGAUGACUCAGAAAGAAAGCUGGUCGUUGUGUCUGCAAUGUCAAAGGUGACAGAUAUGAUCUAUGAUCUUAUCUAUAAAGCACAGUCACGAGAUGAUUCUUAUCUGGCCGCACUGGAUGCUGUUUUAGAAAAGCACAAGUUAACAGCACUUGAUCUGCUUGAUGGUGAUGAUCUUGCUAGCUACUUAUCUCGGCUCCAUCAUGACAUCAAUAACCUUAAAGCUAUGCUUCGUGCCAUAUACAUUGGUAUCUCUCUCUCUCUCUCUCUCUCUCUUUGUGGUAUCCAAUUACGGCAACUACAACUUUUCUUUUUUCCUUUGAUCCAGUAG